AUGUCUUUGGCUAUGGAUAAAGCCCUUAUGGCUCUCUCGCUAGAGGAAGAAGACAAGCCGUUCGACAUGCCUAACCUACCGGAUUUCAGCUCAGCUCAAGAUAACGUUCUCAGCAUUGUUGGAAGAAUCCUAAACCCGGACUACCAGAAGAUACCGGGUCUGAUUCUCACUAUGCCCAGAAAAUGGCAGAAGGAAGGAAGAGUCAGGGGCGUGGCUCUUUCACAAGAGAAAUUUCAGUUCUUUUUUCAGAACGAACAUGAUCUGAAUGAUGUGCUCGAGAAGGGAGUUCAAACGUACAACGAAUGGGCUCUGGUUCUCGAAAGGUGGGUUGAGAAUCCACCAGAAGAAUUUCUGCAAUACAUACCCAUAUGGGUCCAAAUCAGAGGGAUUCCGAUGAACCACUUCACUAAAAAGGCGUUAACUGCUCUGGGAGACUUGGUGGGGAAGACAAAGUUUGUUGCUUUCGACCCGUCGAAACCUAUUACACAGGACUACAUCAGAGCUCUUGUGCUUUUCAACGUUGCUCAUCCGUUGCGAAAGACAAAGGUUAUCAACCUUCCUGAAGGUGGCUCCACGGUCAUCCGAUACUCUUAUGAAAAGGUUCAGAAGAGGUGUUUCACUUGUCAAUGUCUGAACCAUGAACAAGACAAAUGUCCUAUUACAGUUAAGAAGCGACAGGAGCAAUCCGCAGCAAGAAGAGCCAACUUAGCGGCUCACCAGGACCCAAAGGGGCUCGUCUUGGCUAAGGGAGAUCCUCUCUUUGGUGUCUUGGAGGAACAUCAGGUGGGCAUUGAUCCACUCUCAGGAAGGCCAAAGAUUGCUAAGGAAGUUCUCGAUGAGAUGAGGAACUAUCUCCGAACUGCUUCUAACUUGGAGCUUUCAGUCAGAGAGGAGAGGGUCAAAUCUUCGGUUAAGGAGGUGGAAAUGGAUCCGGUGGCUCAGAGAACCGUUCUUAGGUUGGAACCGGCUCCUAUUCUGAUCACUGAUUUGAACAAGGGGAAGGGCCCGGUUUUUGAUUAUGAGGAAAAUCAAGUUCCUAGAGAUUCCUUUGAUCUCAACAAGAACCCACCAAAGUUAAUGGCAGCGUCGAUGAAAGCUAGCAGGAGCCACCAGACUCGCUCAGAUCCUCUGCUCAUCAAAUACUCUGCUGAUGAAGAAAGUGAGGCUAGCUUUGAGUCUAUUUUCUCUGUCCCUCCUACGGUUUUUAAACCGGGUACUUCGGUGCCUGGUGUUACCGGGAUGGGCAAAACUCGUACAGCUGUGAGAAAGCGACCAGGAAAGACUGCCAGAAACGCUGGUGCGCGCAAGACGUCAUCGGAGGGGAAGACACUAGAGUUUUCUCAGAGGGAUGGCAAGCAGCAGAUUGGCAACAAGAGAAGGGCAGUGGAGAUUCAAGAGGAGGAAUGCAUCACAACAACUCAGGCUAAAUGCCUUAAGGUGAUCCCACAUGAGGGAUCGCCCAAGUCUCAAUGA